AUGUACGUGAGCUACCUGCUGGACAAAGAGGGGCCCUCCAUGUACCCGGGCGCCGUGCGCCACGCCGGGGGGCUCAACCUGGCCGCCGCCGCCCAGAACUUCGUCGCCGCCCCGCAGUACCCGGACUACGGAGCCUAUCACGUCCCCGCCGGCCUGGGGCUGGACGCCGCCCAGUCGCCCCCCUCGCCCUGGCCGGCCGCCUACGGCGCGCCCCUCCGCGACGACUGGAGCGGCUACGGGCAGGGCCCGCCGGCCGGGGGGGCGGCCAACGCGGGGCACGGGCCCGCCGGCGCCGGCUUGGCCUACAGCCCCGCCGGAGACUACCACGCGCACCCCCACCACCACCACCCGGCCCAGGGCCCGCCGGCGCCGCCCUGCGGGGUGCCCCCCUCCGGGGGCCUGAUGCAGACGCUCAACCCGCCGCCCGGCGCCGAGCAGCUCUCGCCCGCCGGCCAGCGGCGGAACUUCUGCGAGUGGAUGAGGAAACCCGCGCCCGGGGGACCCGUGAAAACCCGGACAAAAGACAAGUACCGUGUGGUCUACACAGAUCACCAGCGCCUGGAGCUGGAGAAGGAGUUUCACUACAGCCGCUACAUCACCAUCCGGAGGAAAGCGGAGCUGGCAGCCACACUGGGAUUGUCAGAGAGACAGGUAAAAAUCUGGUUUCAAAACAGGAGGGCGAAAGAGAGAAAGAUCAACAAGAAGAAGUUGCAACAGUCUCAGCCGGGCGGCGUGCACAGUGGAUCAGAACCCAUGAGCCCCGUCUCCUCUAUGCAGCCAGGGACUACCGGUUCGGCCCCCAAUGGAGGUGUGUUGGGUGCCCCUGGCCUAGCACCGCCCCCUGCACAGUGA